CCCGAGACUCCAGCCCAGAUAUCAACCCAACCCAACUCCAACACUUCUCCAGAGACACGGCCAGCCCAGCCCAGCACAGCCUGGCCCAGCGCAGAGUCACCACCACCAGCCCAGUGCAACACUCGCCCAGAGACCAGACCAGUCCAGCCAGGUGCUGCUGCCUCUUCACAUAGAGGCGGUGAGUGGCCCCAUCCCGCCACUCGCUCAUUUCAUAGCCACCAGCCCGAGAUCAACACAACCCAGCCCGGCCCAAUAAGGCAGCGCCGCUUCAUCUAGAGCGACCGGCCCGAGGUGUAGCCGCGUCCCAGCCAGCGCCGGCCGCAGUGAACGGGAGCGCAGCCCGGCCUCGCGUUUGGACAUUUCCACAACUGAAGAUUUGAAGAUUUGAAGAGCAGUGUUUUUAGCAUGAUGUCAUAUCUCAAACAACCUCCCUACGGCAUGAGCGGCCUCGGGCUGAGCGCUUCGGGCAUGGACCUUCUGCACACCUCUGUAGGGUAUCCAGCCACGCCGAGGAAACAGCGGCGAGAACGGACCACCUUCACCCGCUCCCAGCUCGACGUGUUAGAGUCGCUCUUCGCUAAAACUCGAUACCCCGACAUCUUCAUGAGAGAAGAAGUGGCGUUAAAAAUUAACCUGCCCGAGUCGCGAGUCCAGGUGUGGUUCAAGAACAGACGGGCCAAGUGCCGGCAGCAGCAACAGAGCGGCGGCGGCGGCGGCGCCAAGGCCCGGCCGCCCAAGAAGAAGUGUUCGCCGACACGGGAGAGCAGCGGCUCUGAGAGCAGCGGCCAGUUCACUCCUCCGGCCCCGUCCGUGUCCGGCCCGGCCCCCAGCUCAGCCCUCAACCCGCCCGCGUCCAUCUGGAGCCCGGCCUCCAUCUCCCCGGGCGCCGCUGAGCCGCUGGCGGGCGGUGGCUCUUGUAUGCAGCGUUCGUCAGCCGCCGGCUACCCUGUGGCUUAUGGACAGGGCGGCGCCUACACGCAGGGAUACCCCGCCUCGUCUCCCUACUUCAGCGGCGUGGACUGCAGCUCGUACCUGGCGCCCAUGCACACGCACCACCCGCACCAGCUGGCCGCACCCAUGGGUGCCCACACCAUGUCCGGGCACCCACUGGGACAAGCAGCCGCCCACCAUCACCAGGGAUACGCCGCCUUUAACUCGCCCGACUGCCUGGAUUACAAAGAGCAAAGCGCGUCCUGGAAACUCAACUUCAACGCGCCUGACUGCCUGGAUUACAAAGAACAGGCCGCGUCCUGGAAGUUUCAAGUCUUAUAAGUCUGCAUUUACCCGCAAACUAUUUAAAAACUUGUUGCUUUUCUCCGGCUCCCGCUCGGGCCGCUUUAAUUGACAAUCAACGUGGUGUCUAUUGGACAUUGAGUGCUGAUGUAUGUGUUUCGACUUUGAAAAGGCAUCAAAUAAUGAACAGAAACCUCUGUCUAGUUCCGGCCACCAACCUCCAGCCAGACCCAUGGGGACAGUUUCAAACUCGGAGCCUGGAGGUUGUGUCAGUCGCUGCCUCUCUGUAUCUCGUGGGAUCCGUUCACAUUUAACACGACUCUAAAUAAACGUACUCGACAUUUACUUUGCAUUUUGCCCCGUGUGAAUUAUGUGGAUGUUUUGGCCACUUGACGUGUAGAUAUUUGCGCGACUGAGGGCACUUUGUGUCAAUUAUGUUCGCGCUGGUUUUUGUCGCUAAAUGAGGUUAUUUUGCGAAUUGGUUCUUUCCCAUCAAAUGCAGUGUUGAAAGUAUUUAAGGCAUUAUAUAUAAUUAAACUCAAUUGCGGAGAA